AAUACCAAAAAGUAUUUUGCUUUAUUUAAAAUUUAUUGUACAAUAAUUAAUUGUAAAAAUAAGAAAGUCAGUAAUUUCUACAUGUUUCAUUGCAGAUAUAAUUUGAUGCAAAAAUGUUGGCAUGUUGAUCCAGAAAAACGACCAAGGUUUGAAUACUGUUUGAAAGUAUUAAAAUCAUACAUGGCUAUGCCACUGGAUUACGUUAAUGUUUCCCAUGAUCCGCAACUGCACAAUGUAUCACUACUAUCGGAGAAAUACACAAUAGACCUUAUUACAUGUAUCGAUUCACAACAGAAAUUGUCUCCCAUAAGUAAUUAUGAUGGAUAUGAAAUACCAAUUAAAAUAAUUAACAAUGAAUACCUGGAACUGUGUAAUGAUAAAUGCGAGUACUUAGAUUUAUCAUCAACACCAACAGUUAAUAUGGUUGAUAAUCGAGAUUCAGAACCAGAAUCAAUUUCGGAAGAUAAUUUGUAUUGUAACAUGAACCCAGAACUUAUUGGAUGAAUUGACAAUUUCUCACAUGGCUGAAUCAAAGGCAAAAAGACUUAAAUUAGUUGUAUAUUAUUUUAUAGAUCUAUAUAGAAUUUUGUAAAUGGGUUAUAUAGUUAUUACCCUUAAUUAAUAAUUUUGGUAAAUAUUGAGUCAAAUCAUUAUUUAUGUUGAAAUUUAUAUUUUUCUACUAGUUGUUUAUAUUUUGUUGAAUUAUUUUCUAAGUUAAUCUGAUUAUUGGCAUAACUUGAAGCCAAUUACAAUUACUGUUGAAUGAUACUGUAAGUGUGUUAUAUAAUAAUUAUUAUAGUAAUUUAUUGUACAAAAUGUUUAUUUCCAAAGUAAAAUGAAACAUUUGAAAGUGUAUCACUUUCUGAUGCUCAAAUUGUAUGAAGUACCAAGUUCCUAAAUAAGAUACUGUUUAUGUUAUAUAAAAGUAAGUUAAGUGUAAAUUCAUGUAAUAUAUUAUGUUUUUAUUAA